AUGAGAUGUGGAUUACUAAAAAAUUUUGGACCAACUUAAAUAUUCCCAAUAGAGAAAUAAUAAAGAGCUUGUUCACUUAAUAAUAUAACAAAUAAUGAUUUAAAAGGAUAAGUUAGUAGGAAAGAUGAGAAAGAUAAGAAUGAUAAGAAAUCAAAAUCUGUAAAUACUUUUGGAGUUGAAUGUAGUUUAGAAUAAUAUUAUAUAAUUAGAGAGAGAGUUUUAUGAUAAAUUAAGAUUGAAAGGAAAGGAGAAGAGAAUGUAAUGAUUAGUGAAUUUACAUGUAGUUAAAAUUAAAAUUUGCAUAAACCUAUUUUUAAGUUAAAAGGUGAUAAUAUUGUAGUGAUGAAAUAAAAAGAUAGAGAGUUAUAUCCUGCAGAUAUUUAAUGGAAUAAUGGUUAAAUAGGUAGGAUAUAGGGAGAGAUUAGUGGUAAGAUUGAUAAGAAUUAUGCAAAGGUAUAUAAUAAUAUAAUAUAAGAUAAGAAGAUAUUUAGAAGGUUCAUCAAGUGUGAUUGAUUAUUCAGAUACAAAAAUGUAUGACAAAUUCAAUUCAUAUUCGAAUAUAGUUAAUUAAGAACGGUUUUCUAAAGAUUGUGAUAUAAUGUUUAGAACAAGUAAUAAUGCUCAACCAGGAAAGUAAUAAUCAAUUGGAGGGAUAAUUAGAAGUAAAUAUGAACCAGAUUGGAUUCAAAGAGGAAAAUACUAAUGA